GCUCUCUUCGCUCUCUAUCAUCUGCAGGAUAAUGCAACCAAGUAGUAGUUGCAAGAUGCCAACUUUAGCUUAUAUUGAUUAUUCACAGACAUGAAAGAGGAAUAUAGUCCUACACCAAAUCAUCAGAACAAUUUUCCACGAUGAGAAUUCAUUGCAAAAUUCUAGUGAUCGCUGUCUGUUUCGGAGUUUUUCUACUUUUGUACUUUUUUGGGGGGAAUGGAGCAGACGAUCCGCCUUUUAAAGUUGCGAAGGAUUAUUUUCCAACGUCUUUUGGAAUUGUAAACAUUGUUGCAUCAAAGUUAACAAAAAAGCCCCUUCAUAAACUAAACAUUGCACAGAAACAAGGACCCGAGGACCGAAAAGAAGCGAAAAUCAGUAGAGGAGGUAAAGCGAUUGCAAAGAGCAAAAAGAAGAGUGAGGUGGGAUUGGGCAGGUCUGCAUCAAAGCGUGGCCGUGCUGAGGAGGUUAUGCACCUGGCCGUGGUGGCCUGUGGGAACCGCCUGGAAGAGACUCUCACCAUGGUAAAGUCCGCCCUACUCUUCAGCAUCAAGAGGAUCAAGUUCCACAUCUUUGCAGAAGACCCUUUGGCCUCUCAGUUUGAAAAGGGGUUUAUUUUUCAGCUGAGUCAGUGGCCCCGUGCUAUCUCCAACAAGUUCCAGUACAGUAUCUACCCGAUCACGUUCUCUGUGGGGAAUGCAGAGGAAUGGAAAAAGCUGUUCAAGCCCUGCGCUGCCCAGAGGCUGUUUCUCCCUGUGAUCCUGAAAGAUGUCGACUCUCUACUCUACGUGGAUACAGAUGUGCUGUUCCUCAGACCCAUGGAUGCUGUGUGGAGUUUUCUCAAGGCUUUCAACACCACCCAGCUGGCUGCUAUGGCCCCAGAACACGAGAUACCCAAAAUAGGCUGGUACAGCCGCUUCGCACGUCACCCCUUCUACGGAAUCGCCGGGGUUAACUCAGGAGUCAUGCUGAUGAACCUCACAAGGAUCCGAAGCACUCUGUUCAAAAACAGCAUGAUUCCCAAUGGUCUGUCCUGGGAGGACCUUCUCCAUCCACUCUACCAGAAGUAUAAGAACCACAUCACCUGGGGUGACCAGGAUCUUUUAAAUAUAAUCUUCCACUACAACCCAGAGUGUCUGUAUACCUUCCCGUGCCAGUGGAACUAUAGGCCCGAUCAUUGCAUGUAUGGGAGCAACUGUAAAGGAGCCGAAGAGGAAGGCGUGUCCAUUCUCCACGGGAACCGAGGAGUUUACCACGAUGACAAGCAGCCAGCCUUCAAAGUAGUAUAUGAUGCAAUACAUGAGUACCCCUUUGAAGACAACAUGUUCCAGUCACUGUUCUAUCCUCUCCAGACCAAGUUUCUGGACACAGUCAACACCCUGUGCGGUCGGAUUCCCCAGGUGUUCCUCAAACAGGUUGAGAAGACCAUGAGGGCCGUGUAUGAGAAGAAAGUGGUCCGUCACGUGAGGCCUCCCCGUAAAUAACUGGAGAAACUUUCCAGAGGAAGUUGUCACACGGUGUCUCUCCCUCCCCCUAUGGAAGUCUUUCUGUGGAAGAUGGGCAAUGUCAGGACCAGACUGACAGAUUCAUGAUUUUGGAUGAGCUCACCUGGGGCCUGACUGAUGGAUUCAGAACGCAUAAAAACGGUUUCCAAUGCAAAACGGAUCACAGAUAACAUUCUAUUUCAUUAGAAUGGUGUGGUGGACAUGAUGUUGGAAUGGACGUAUGGAUCAUAUGUUUGUGUAGUAGGACUGACAUAUGCUGCUGGUCAAUGAUACUUUGUGUUGAGCAAGCUUUCCUUGUUCUUACCUACUUUUCAUAUUUUUUUUACAUAACCUGAUUUACAGGACAAAAUGUGAUGGUGGAUUUUGUGAUAACUUUUAUACCUUUAAAAAAGAGUCCAAUAAUUUCUUGAGGUCAGGGUAUGUAUUUGUUGAGAGUAUUAAGUGGGAAUUAAAACAUGGCAGAUUAUAUUUUUGUCAACCCAGUUUGAGUGUUUUUCUUUUGAAUGUGCUUAAGUGUCUACCAUAAAGUCUCUACACCAGAGGCUUCUGGAAAUUGUUGAAAAUCAUCCCACUAUGCUUAGAACUCACCAGCUAAUUGAUCUUUUCAUAUAAGGGCAAAGCCAAGGGUAUUUGCUGAAUCAGAACUUUCUGUCAAAGACAACAUGCAUAUGUGGGAAUGAGUAAAUGUGAUUCAAUUUGUGCAGUUUGCUUAUUGCCAAAUGCCAUGCCAGUAUUAAACAAUGUCAACAUAUCACAAAUCCUUUUAGAUGUAAUAUUUCUUUAUCUGCAAACUUCAAUUAAAAAGGCUUCUUGCAUAUACAUUAAUGUCCUACUAUCAAUGAUACAGUAUCUGAACUCUGGGACAGUAAAUACAAGCAUUUAUAAUGUGAUGUUUGUAUAGCCUUCUCCAUCAGUUUGAACGUGUGUAAUCACUUAAACUGGAAAGCUUGUUGUAUUUAUACAUAUGUUUACUCUUUGUUUUGGAAUAAAGAUAAUAUGCCUAAAGCGG